AUGGCAGAAAUUGAUCAAAAAUCAAAGCAACAACAAUUAGUUGCCUUCAUUGAUUCUCAAUCAUUAGAAGACUUUCUCGAACUUUAUCGUGCAUCAUUAGGCAUUCUGAAAGAAUACGAUCAUGUUGAACUUCUUUUACGUGCCUCUCGUUAUGGCCUGUUAUCAUUUGUACGAAAUAUAUUAAAUGAUGGUUCUGCAUUUGUUAAUGCAAACUGUCGUCAUCCAUCGACUAAAAUUUUACCUCUUGUCGUCGCUAUUCGUGCUCAAAAGCAUGAUGUUAUUAAUUAUCUAAUCCAAGAGGCUAAGACUGACAUAAAUUGGAGCUGUGAGAAGAAAAAUAUAACAUGUCUUCAUGAGGCUAUACGUCAACGUGAUCUAUCGACAACAAAACUUCUACUACAAUAUGGAGCCAUUGUUGAUAAACGUCACUUACAAAUAGCUAUAAUUGAGUUUCUUAGUCCAAAAGAUACAGAAACAUCUCCUAUAGCAUUGUUCGAUCUGCUUGUUGCUCACCAGCCUGAUUUACUUGACGAUACUGGUCGAAAAGUAGCAGUUGAAUUCAUCAUUCGUCGAACUCGUGGGUUAUCACCUUGUCCAUAUCCUCAUCUUGCUCCUUUGCUAGAACGACUAGUAUCGAUUGAAAACUGUACAUCAAUUAUAGAUCUACCGAUGUCAUCUACAAUUGAACCAAUGAAAGCAACAUCUUCAAACAUGCAUCGAACACAAGUGACUAUAAUCGGUGCUGGACCUGCUGGUUUGGUGCUUGGUGCGCUCUUAUCUCGAUCAGGUAUCGAUUCAAUUGUGCUUGAACGCCAUUCUCGCUCAUAUGUUGAAUCGAAUCUUCGAGCUGGAUUGUUAGAACAAGCAACAAUAGAUGUUCUAGACGAAAUAGGAACCGGCGAGAGAUUAUUUCAGGAAGGUUUUAUUCAGCGCAAUAUGAAUCUACAAUUUGAAGGUGAACGCAUAACUUUUCCUGUAAGAGAAUUGACGCAAGGCAAAGUAGCAACGAUAUAUGGACAGCAAUUGGUCCUUCAAGAUCUUAUAAAUCUACGAAUUAAAAGUGGUCGACGACUCUGGUUUGAUAUUGAAUCUGUAGAAAUAGAACGACACGAUGUUGCAGAUGAUGGUUCUGGUCCAUUGCUUCGUUUUAUUCGGUGUGGAGGUUCGAACGAAGAAUUUAUAUUAUGUGAUUUUAUAGCAGGAUGCGAUGGUGUAUUAAGUCCAUGUUGUCGUUGUUCUGUUCCUUCUGACAUUCUUCAUACUAUAGAACGAGUCUAUCCUUUUGCCUGGCUUAGUAUUCUUGUUCAAGCUCCACCAAGUUAUAACGAAAUUAUUUAUAGUACUAGUACCGAAUAUGGAUUUGCCCUACACAGCCUCCGUUCUCCAACGCAGACACGUUUCCAUUUACAAGUUCCUCUCAGCGACACAUUAGCUGAUUGGUCUGAUGAACGGAUCUGGAAUGAAUUGAGGCUGCGUCUAAAAUCUAAUAAUCUUUCGUGGACAUUAAACGAAGGUCCAAUCGUACAACGAGCCUUGUUUCCCGUACGUGCUGUUGUUACAACACCAAUGCAAUACAAACGUCUUUUCUUUGCUGGUGAUGCUGUUCACAUUCUACCACCAACGGGUGGCAAAGGUCUGAAUACAGCUGUGAAAGAUGUCCAAAUAUUGACGGAUGCAUUCGAGGACUAUUAUGAUAAUGAUCAAUUCGAUAAACUUAAUAAUUAUACAAAUAGUUGUUUACCACAUAUAUGGCAAGCACAAGAAUUUGGAAUCUACAUGACAUCUCUGUUACACAAAAUUGAUAUUUCGCAAGACUGUGAUGUUGAUGAUAGGAAUUCAAUGGAAUUUAAUAAACAACUUCAAAAAGUACAGCAACAAUCAUUGAAACAUUCAAAAGCACUUCAACAGCAUGUAGCUGAAAUGUAUGUGUGA